UGGGUGUCACUGUCACGGUCCUACGGAUUUCAGUUUGAAUUGCGUACCGUUUGGCCUUCCGUUCUGAAGGCGCGUUAUUCUAUUCAUCACUUCAUCUCCCAGAUCCCCUUCCCCACUUGCAACGCAAAACCCCACCUCCACCUUCCUUCGCCUCCCCUCUCCGCCCCCAAAUUUCAAAUCCCCGCACGCUCCUCCUCCGCUCCCCCCAUCCACACCUCUUCGCCGAAACCCUAGCCGCUCGCCGCCGCCGCCAUGGGAGGUUCGCACAGCCGCGAGGACCUGGACCUCUCCGACUCCGACUCGGAGGACGCGGAGUCCCGGGCCUCCGACAACUCUUCCGACUACGGCACGCCGCCCCUGGCCUCCGCCUCCUCCAAGGCGGCAGGCGGCGCGGGCGCGGCCACCCCCGCCUCCAUCGAUGCCAUCGACCGCCACCUCCGCAGCCUCCACCUCAAGUACAACGAGCCCAUCUCCCCGAACCCUAGCCCCGGCCCCGCCCCCACCGCCAACCCGGCGGCCCUCAACGCCGUCAAGCUGUACCUCCACAUCGGCGGCUCCUCUCCGUCCGCCAAGUGGAUCGUCUCCGACCGCCUCGCCGCCGCAUCCUUCGUCCGCACCGGCGACGACGAGGACGACGACGCGCCCACCACCGGCCCCUGGUGCCUCGUCGUGGGGUCGAAGAUCCGGGCCAGGGUCGGGCCCGAGCUGCAGCUCAAGACCUUCCCCGCGCAGCGCCGGGUGGACUUCGUCGCCGACGGCGUCUGGGCCCUUAAGUUCCUCCACGCCGACGGAUUCGGCGACUUCUGCGCCAAGUACCAUAACUGCUUGUUUGAGAACAGCUACGGCGUCGCCGCCACCGCCGAGGGCCGCGCCAAGGUGUUCGGGAAGGACUUCGCGGCGUGGGCACGCCCGGAGGAUGGUGACGAGUCCAUUUGGGAGGAUGCCACCGAUGGGUUCUCUCCGGGGGCCAAGGGCAGCCCGAUGCCGCCGCGGACCCCCACGCUGAAGCCACUGAUGGAGGAUCUGAGGGAGUUCGAGGAGCCGGUUGAGGAAGGCAGUGGGAUUCAGAGUCUUGCGCUUGGUGCGCUAGAUAACAGCUUCCUGGUCGGAGAUUCGGGCAUUCAGGUGGUUCGGAAUUUCGAACACGGGAUACACGGCAAGGGGGUGUCUGUGAAGUUUUCUGGGGGGAGCACGAACUUCUCAACUCCUAAGAAGGCACUUCUGAUGCGUGCAGAGACUAACAUGCUGUUGAUGAGCCCUGCCACUAAUGGGAAGCCUCAUGCCAAGGGGGUUCAUCAGCUCGACAUCGAGACUGGGAAGGUGGUGUCAGAAUGGAGAUUUGAGAAGGAUGGAGCUGAUAUAAACAUGAGGGAUAUCACAAAUGAUAGCAAAGGUGCACAGAUGGAUCCGUCAGAAUCCACCUUCUUGGGCCUGGAUGACAAUCGAUUGUGCCGGUGGGAUAUGAGGGACCGGAGGGGUAUUGUGCAGGACCUGGCAAGUGCAACUGAAUCACCAGUAUUGCAAUGGACCCAGGGGCAUCAGUUUUCCCGGGGAACGAACUUUCAGUGUUUUGCUUCUACUGGUGAUGGUUCCAUAGUUGUUGGAUCAUUGGAUGGGAAGAUCCGAUUGUACUCGAAGAGCUCUAUGAGGAUGGCGAAGACAGCCUUUCCAGGGCUGGGUUCGCCAAUUACUCAUGUAGAUGUGACUUACGAUGGAAAAUGGAUUUUAGGGACAACCGAUACAUACCUGAUUCUAAUAUGCACCAUUUUCAUUGACAAGGAUGGAAAGGAGAAGACUGGAUUUAGUGGGAGAAUGGGGAACAGAAUUGCUGCUCCAAGGUUGCUGAAGCUCAACCCAUUGGACUCUCAUCUCGCCGGCGCAAACAACAGGUUCCGGGAGGGAAGGUUCUCUUGGGUGACAGAGAACGGGAAGCAGGAGCGGCACCUUGUGGCCACGGUGGGGAAGUACAGUGUGGUGUGGAACUUCCUGCAGGUCAAGAACAGCCACCACGAGUGCUACCAGUACCAGGAGGGUCUCAAAAGCUGCUACUGCUAUAAGGUGAUCCCGAAGGACGAGUCCAUUGUGGCAAGUCGCUUCAUGCAUGACAAGUACGCCAUCAGCGACUCCCCUGAGGCACCACUGGUGGUGGCCACGCCCAUGAAGGUCACUUCCUUCAGCAUAUCCAGCAGGCACUAGCUCCGUGCUGCUCUUCCACCUUGUCGUCCGGGCCGGUCGAUUGGUUCGCAUGUUGUGCCGUGUAACUCACACCUACAGAUAAUCUGUUUCUAUUUCGUUCUGUUUUGGUAGUCUUACUGUUGAGCUUAAGCUUGGUGACUGUCUUUGAUGGUCAGUUGGAAGAUUGAGAAUUCUAUGUAUGCUGUCGAAUUGAUUUUUUUUUUGUGGCUCUGAGUAAAAUCUGGAAUGUGGUCG